ACUGUGUACUGAAGUGAACAUUGUUAUCCGGAUCUCUACUCUCGACCUCAUCUCAAGAUGGCUAACGUUACUAAGCUUUACGUUGGUAAUCUCUCGGAGACUGUCACUUCAAAACACCUCAAGGAGCUGUUCGGUAACUUUGGACAGGUUGAUGAAGUGGCUGUCCUUCGCGGCUUCGGUUUUGUGCACUUCAGGAGGAACUCUGACGCUACUGCAGCUCUCAAGGCGUUGGACGACACUGAGUUCAUGGGCUCACACAUUCAAGUCCAGGUAUCCCAUAGUCGCGGGUUUGGCUAUGGCAAAGGGGGCGGGGGAAGUCGUUACCAUGACAAUGAUCACCGUGGAGGUCGAGACAGAGACUACGACAGACGAUAUGAGAGAAGUAGUCGCCACGACAACCGAUACGAUCGCCACGAUGACCGAUAUGAUCGUGAUCGUCAUAGCAACCGAUAUUCGUCCAACGACCAUUACUACGGAGGGAGCGGAGACCGUUACUAUAGCGAUCGUCAUAGUGUCCUCAUUAUAAAGGAGGGCUCACCUACCAGUGUGGUCUAA